AUGAAUUUGAAGAUUAAAUUUUCAGAAUCAGGUUAGAUUUUUGAGCAAAAAUCUGAGUUUUGAAAUGAAAGUUAUAUAGAUUUUUGAACCUGAAGGUCUUAAGAAGUUCCUAAUAGAAAACCUAGGUUACUGUAAGUAGUCACCAAAUUUCUGUUCGCUAAACUUUCUAGUUAUGAUUCAUCUUUGAAAAAAAAAUUAUUUACACUUUUUGACAAUAAUCGUACCAAAAUCUUCUCAAAUUUCCUCUAGUUUUGUUGUGUUUUUUCUUUUUUUAUUAUCUCAACCAAAAAAACACAUGUUUUUGUUGUUCUGUCUGGUCAGAAAGCCAAAAAAAACUGAAUGAAAAACACUAAAUUACAAGAUAAAAAUGUCAGUUGUCAAGUCAAAAGAUCAUUAGGACCAGCCAGGAGGAAAUUCCAAACAUUCUCUGUGUCAGAGAAAAAGAUGAGAUAACUUUCUGAGCUUCUUCCUCACUUUUUUGAGCUUUUUGUCAAAAAUUUUGAGCUCGGGUCAUUUUACCUGAAGAAUAAAGAAUUGUUCAGAAAUCGCUUGAUUUUCGAGACUUCUUUCUUACUUUUUCGUGUUUUGUGCUCCUUAUUUUCAAAAAAAAAAGAAGUUUUCUUGCAGAUAUCAAAAUUCCGCUCAAAACACAGUUAUCAACAUCAACAUCAGCCGUAGUUGCUUCAUCAACUUCUACGGCUCAAGUUGCUCCCUCAAUGACUCUUCCAAAUCUGGCGAAAAAAAUGAAGAAAUUGGCAUCGAGCCAAUUAUUCAAUCUGAAAUUAUUGUUGAAUGGAGAAUCGAGCAGAGGUUUUUCGAAAUUCAAGAAAAAUUAUAAAUUGAAGGGGGAAUUGGGAAGAGGCGGAUUUGGUAUUGUUUAUCGAGCAGUUCGAAUUCGAGAUGAUUUACCGGUUGCUGUCAAAUUUAUUGAUCGAAAUAGUGUGAAAGAAUGGGCAAGAGUGAGUUUGAAGUUUGAAGGGGGAAAACUUAUCUCACCUAUUCAUACCUAAAGAGGUUUUUAUCUAAAAUUACUCUCAAUAUUUCUGAACACGAAUUUGAAAAAUUCUUUGUUUUUCUAAAAAAAUUCAUUUUAUUUUUAAAUUUUUGGUUUUUCCAACAAAACACUUUGGGAAGAUCUUUCUACUCUAAAACCAACUUUUUCAAAUUUUAAUCAAAUUCCAGGUUAAUGGUGAACAAGUUCCAAUGGAAAUCUGUAUGCUUGCAAAAUGCUCAAAAACCCGAGGAGUCAUCCGACUUAUCGAUUGGUACAGUAUCCCGGAAGGAUAUUUAAUUAUAAUGGAAAGACCGUAUCCAUGUGUGGAUAUGUUUGAUUUUAUCAAAGGACAAGGAAAAUUGAAUGAGGAUAUGGCGAGAUUUCUAUUCCGACAAAUUGCACAAACAGUUACCGAAUGUGCACAUAAUCGAGUUUUGCAUCGAGAUUUGAAGGUUUGUGAACAUUUUUGAAAUUUGAGCCUAUCUUCAAAAAUAACUUUUCUCUCUUUACUCUGACAAUGACUCAUGAAGCAAAAAAAAAAGUUUUUAGGAUGAAAACGUUGUGAUUGAUUUGGUGAAUGGAUCAACGCGCCUUAUCGAUUUUGGUGCAGCAACAAGUCUUCGAAAAACUCAAUAUUCAGAUUUCCAAGGAACUCGCCUUUAUUGUCCACCCGAAUGGUUUCUUCAUUCUCUAUAUUUGGGUAGAGAAGCAGCUGUUUGGUCAUUGGGUGUACUUUUAUACAAUUCAUUGAAUGGUCGAUUACCAUUUAGAAAUGAGAAAGAUAUUUGCACAGCACAUUUACUCGGACCACUUCCAUUUUAUGUUCCAGUUAGUCAAGAUGCAAAAGAUCUUAUCAAUAAAUGUUUGGCAUUUGAUCCAUUUCAAAGAUGUCCGUUAGAAACAAUAUUACAACAUCCAUGGCUUUCGAAUAUUUCGCCUUCGUGGGAAAUUUUGACAAAUCAGAAGAAUGGGACAAUUGACAAAAAAGGAGAAAAGGAAAAUAAAAAACUAGGUAAAUUUUUUAAAUUAAUUUUUCAAUCGCUGAAAUCUCAUCUAAUUUUUUUGCAGAAGACGAUCAUGGAAGUGAGGAAUUAGAAGAAGUUGAUAAUGAAACAAAUGACAAAAAAGCGCAGAAAAAACAGAAUAACGAAACAGUUGGAAGUGAAGAAAGUGGAGUUGGUUCAUCUGAAGGUUCUUCAAUUAAAAAUGUAAGUUCACUUCUGAUUUCUCUGAAUUUUUCCUCAACACUGAAAUUUCUAGACAACCAAAAAAGCAUCUGCCAAUCCAGUGAGCCGUUUAUCAAAAACAUCACUUUUGGUUGCACCAACUUCUGGUGAAAUCAAAGCAGCAGUUCAAGCAUCAAAAACAACAACACAAUAUAAUAAUAUCAAACCACAACGUAAAACAAUGAUGCCACGUCAUCCACAACCACCAAGUUCUACAGUACUCACAGCACUUCGAAGAGCAAUGUCACGUGAAGCACAAAAACGUGUGGAUAUUGUUGCUGCAAGAAUUUGA